CCGCUGGCUCUGUACUACGAGACCCUGUGCCCUUAUUGCUCCAAUUUUAUCGUCAACUACCUCGCCAAGAUCUUCGAGAAUGGGCUGAUCGACAUAGUCGAUCUCGAUCUCGUCCCCUACGGCAACGCCAGGGUCGGAUCCAACGGUACCAUCUCUUGCCAGCAUGGUCCAUAUGAAUGCGUGCUGAACACUGUAGAAGCCUGUGCAAUCAGUGUCUGGCCUGAUGUGAACGUGCAUUUCAGUUUCAUCUAUUGUGUUGAGAGUUUGGUGGUGGAACAUAAAUACCUUGAGUGGGAAUCCUGCUUCUCAAAAACCGGGUUAGACUCACAUGCUGUUUUGGAUUGCUACGAAAGCGGAUAUGGGAAAAAGCUUGAAUUACAGUAUGCAGAACAAACGGAUUCUCUUCAGCCGCCUCACACAUAUGUGCCUUGGGUGGUGGUGGAUGGACAGCCUCUUUAUGAUGAUUAUGAAUAUUUUGAAGCCUACAUCUGCAAAGCUUAUAGCGGUGAGCUGCCAAAGGCUUGUGCAGGACUGUCUCUUAAGACCAGAGCGGAGAAUAAACCGAAUGACAAAGUGUGCUUCAUUGACAAGAUGACCAGCUCUGCCAUGACCAUGAAGGAUGAUGAUAUGAAGAUUGAAAUGAUAAUUUAGACCUCCACUGUGACUCCAUGUAAAACCCACAAUCAUCUAUCUUCUAAUCAAAAGCCAGUAACAUUAUAGUGAGCCAUGCUCUGCCAUUCCAUGGCCAUCCUGUUAAUAGGAAUCCUUAUUUGCUGUUUCUUUCCAUAUGAACCAUAUAUGUGUAUAUGUGAAUAAAACAGUGCUCCGCAGGUGUCAUCAUUUCCGAUUGGUCGCAGCAAUUAAGUCAGGUUUCACUUCAUGCAUAGCUAGCCGAUUCCUUGUAUGCCAGAAGCCACUAGAGUAAUGCUAAAGGAUUAAGACUUGCAUACUCCCAAAAUGCAUUGCACUGCCUUAUGUGGAUCAGAUUUUGGGGUCUGCCGUCUGUGUGAGUACUUGAUUGUUCCUGCAUAAGCAUCCUGUCCAAAAUAAAACUGUUUGUCCACUUGUUUU